AUGAAUUAGAAGUACUAAAAGUUUGAGAUUGUAAAUCAACAAGAAAAAAUAGAUAAUGAGUCUUUUAAAUGUUUUACGAUCAAUAAUGAUUCAACAAUACUGAUUGGAUGCACUUGGACAGUUAUAUAUAUAUAUUCACUCCAAAACAAUGGGCAGAUGAUCAAUACAUAAAUAAUCCAAGAUUAGGAUUUACUAAUAAAUUAGGUGUAUUUUAUGAAAUCAGGCAAAACAUUUAUCACAAUGGGGUAGUGUCUUAGUUUUUGGACACUCAAAUAAGAAAAGGAAUGGACAAAGGGAAAUGUUAUUAAUUUGUAAGAGAGAAUAUCAUUCCUCAUAUUCAAUAGAGAUGAAACAAAGAUGAUAAUUUCUUUUGAAAGUUCCUUACAAUUUUGGGAGAAGGAACAAAGUACAAAAAAAAGGAAGAUUCACUUUGAAUUAGAACUACCAGAGAAAGCUACUAGUAUGAGUUUGAGUGAGUCAGAAAAGGAAUUAUUGAUUGGGAUGUAAAGUUUAAUACUUUUGGCUAAAUGUUAAAAUGGUUAGAAAUGGCAAAUUAGUUAUAAAGUAAGAACAUCAAUUUAUUCAAUUUGGAAAAUGGUGGUGUUUCUGGAUUAAAAUAUGUUUGUAUCAUCACCAAGUACCAGUUAGAAUUUAAUACAAUAUGAAUGGAACCAUUGGCAUUCAAAAUUAAUUAGAAUAAAAAAAAUUUGUCUCGAAAAAAAUGUUGACAUCAGUAGGGAAAAUUCAAUCAGUUUCUAGAAAGAAGGGAAAUUGUUGUUUCAUAAAUUCAAUAAAAUAAUACGAAUAUUUAGUUAUCAAAACAAGGAACUUUAAUUACAGUAAUCGAUAUCAUUUACAAACUGUGAAAAUAGUUUCUAUGUUUCUAGAGACUGCAAAUAUUUGAUAGUGAGAAAUAGCAGAGGGAAAGGGUUUAGUACUUGGUUCAGAUGA